AAAAUCCAAACCGGAGAACGGUCCUUUGGAGCCGGAUUUAAAAGAAAAAGCUUCUCCAAAGCAGACGAAAGAAGCUGAGAGCCACAAAGAUGAACCCAAAAGAAAACAAAGGCAAAGCGUGGAAAGGCUAUUGAUAUGACUGUUAAAGACACGGUGGUUCAGUCAGUUCCAGAAGAGAGGGAGGAUGAAGUCAAUGAAGACCUGGCAGGUGGAGAACAUAUCUGUCUUUCUUCAGACACCAAUCAAGAUGCUGAUAAACCUGUUACAGGUAAACAAAGACCAAAAGGCAAAACCUUCAAGUCUCACCAGUAUGGCAGCAAAGAUGAAAAUGAUGAGCAUACCAAAAUUCCUGCUGAAAAGCCUACAGCUAAAAGGGGAACAUCUGAUAAAUUGACCACCGAAACAAAUACAGGAGAAGAAGAACCUAUUUUGACUGUGCAGAAGAAACCUGCUGAAAUAAAAUCUGCCAAACAGGCAGGUGAACCUGAGUCUACAGGUUUAAUCUCUGACAAUCCAAAGAAACAAGGUGAAGACAGGAGCAAGUUAAAGAAUAAGAAACAGGCUAAAGAGCACAAGCAGGUAUCCGAGGUGCAAAAUCACACUGAUAUACCACCGGACCCUGCUGAACAAUCAGAGGCUCAGAGCAAAAACACAGUUACUAAAGCAAAUAAAGAGCCUGCAUCUAAGCAGCAUGCUCCAAGAAAACCAGCGAAGGAGAAGAUGACGGGGAAAACUAAAGAAGUCUUGAAGAAAAAGGAACUCUCUGUGCCUGAGGUUAAAGUAUCUGAAGAUGCUUCUGCAACCUGCAAGAGAAAAAGAAAACCACCUGGGGAUUGGUGGCUCACACAGCAGAAUGAAAACAACAUGCAGGAGCAACAUGAGGCCAUUUGGUCAUUACAAGAACUCAAAAAGAACAGGAAAACCCAGAGGAAAUCUCCAGUUUUAACAGACUCAACUGGGCAAGAGUCAUCUUCUGCUUCUCAAGUAAUACAGAACGAGACGAUUACUGUUAAAAAAAUGCCCAAAAAGGGAAAGAAGUCACAGGCUGAUAAAUUUCAGUCUAAUCCUGCUGAUUCACGGAAAAAAACAAAAUCAGCGGGUGGUCGUCGGAAACCAAAGUCAGAAUCUCGAGAGCAGCAUGAAAUGCUGCCAGUUCCACUGGUUGAAGAAGAGGCAAUAUAUAAUGAGGCUUCAGGGCAGCUCAGUCCAGUGAUCUGUAGUCGAUCUCCUAGACAGCAUAGUGUAACUCCAGGAAAUAAAAGGGUGUUUGAUAAAAUCUACACACGAGAAGGUCAAAGUGGAUCGGCUCAGAAAUGUCCUCCACGGUUAUGUGAUGAGCCAGAGAGGGUUCCAGUAAAACGCCAGAGAAAACCACCCAGGAACUGGUGGGAGGUUCCACAGUCUCAGGAACAUGCUGAGAGCUCUCGGUCUCCACGAAAUUCUCCACAAACAUCCAGGCCACAGAUGGAGCCUCUACAAAGUGCGUUUCAUAGAAUGGACAGUUUACAAAAGAUGGUGGGGCGUGGCCAGAAUAAAAAGAGAAUGAACAUGAUUAACACACCAAAAUCAGUCAGAGGAUCGUUGGCCACAUUUAAUGCGAUAUAUGACUCUGGGAAACCGGGCCCCUCUACAGAGAGCGGGCAAGGAGCCUGGCAGAAGGGUCGCAGAAACUUGCUGCACUCUCUGGAAGACCAGUCAGAGCAUUCCAGUGAGCACCUUCACAAUGACGAUCAGCAGCAGGCUAGCGGCCAUGCUACUUUUGACGUGUGUGUGAGUGGUGUUGUCCCAGAGUCCAGUGCUGCUUUGAGAAAAACUAAUACUCGAGCAUCAAAUGGAUCCAACAGAGCAUCGGAUUAUGACUUUACUUACAAAAGUGGUCCUUCAUCACUAAUCGAGCUGGAGCGAUAUGAAGAGCAUGAUGUUGAUUUGCCAUCAUCUCGUAUAACUCCUGAAACGCGGUACACACCCCGUGUUCUCGCAGACUGUGAUCUAUGUGGUCCUCCGCUGAAGCCCAUUGUUCUAGAUAAUGAAGACUGGGAUAACCUCUGUGUUUGGUUUACUCAUAUUUGGCCAACCACAUCAAAAGAUAGUAAAGGCAUUAGUCCAGACGACUUCCAUUGGCACUGUCAUGCUGGACGAGCUAUGGGUCAUAUGAUCGACCUUCAAAACAACACAUUCUCAAGUGGCAAGAUUUUAUUGGGCUCGUAUAUGAAAAAACCUGCGCAGUUGGAUCUUAAUGUUAUUACUGUAUUUAACGUGGCAUCAAGUUGUGUGCGGGUGGAAAUCGACGGCACCCAGAAGGUCUACAACUCGGGCCAAACAUUUAUGACACCUUGUGGGCAAUCCUAUAGCAUUCACAACAUGUGCCAAGAGCCUGCAGUUUUGUGGUACCACAGGAUGUUAACAAAUCGCACAACACGCUGACAUGGAGGAAGCAUCACUGCAGGAAAUCAUGUCCUUUGGUACUGGAUAUGAUAAGACUAAGAUAUUGAUAUUGUAAAAUGAUGUAAAUAUAUUGUUUUAAAAAUCUUAUCGAUUUGAUAAAGCCUAAAAGGCUUUGUGUUUUGUCAUUAGACGGACAGUUUUUGCUUGUCGCAUUUAAAAAAAAUGUAAAUAGCAUUGUUGCACCAUGAUGGAUUGAAAAGACGAUAUGUCUUUCAUUGUUAAACUUGUUAUUUAAA